GAAUUUACAAUAUGUCAAUAUUUGCAUAGAGAGAGAGCUUAAAAGAUAAAACACAACAAAUGCAGUAAACAUUCUAAAGUUUAUGUUUUUUUAUAGACACAAGUAGAGACAAAGAAAUAUGGACAUUAAAGUGAUUAUCGCUUUCAUAUGUGUAACAGGGAUAUCUUGUCGUUGGUUCCCUGGAAGUAAUGAUGCAAAAACGAAUCGUUUGGAUCGUAUCGAGGAAUUAAGCAACGCAAUCGCCAAACGACUUGCACCAACAGAAAUUUACCAUAAACGACUGCCGUAUUUUUCCGACGUUGACGGCACGUCAAGAUUAUUACGAGAAGUAUACGACGCCCUUGUAAAGCUUGAUAAUGACGUAGAAAGAAAGCGAUCAGAAACACGUGGCUAUAGAAGAGGAGAUCCACCAGGUCUCCAUCGCAGUGCUGAUAGAAAGGAUAAGGACACUCUCACUCGGUCUUCUCCGGGAUUACAUUAAAUAAGGACAAUUAAAAUCGUUAACAAAACUAAUUAAUUUUCAAUAUGUAAAGAAUAAAGACCUAUAAAUUCGAGAAAAAUAAAAAAACGGUGAAAGAACUCCAUAUAUAUUAUUUGUGAGCGAUGCAACAAUGACAUGAAUUUUUUUUCUUUCAAUUUGCAAGUGCAAUUUUCAGACAGGGUUUAUCUAAGUCUUUAUUAGAUUAUAUUAUAAAGUUUUUUUUGUAAGAAUUGUACUGUUAGCUUUAAGGCUCGUUGUUCUUAGAAAUCAGCUUUUUCAGCCUCAGACUAUGCUUAAAAAAGUUGACAAAUAUUUUAAUUUAAACUAAUAACGGAUUGUGACAUAUAAAAUAAGGCUACAUAAAUACUAAUACCCCAACCUUGUUCCCAGAGCACUUGUUUAUAUUUGUCCUAGGGAUUCUGUCACUUUGUUAGCUAAAAAGAGGUACUAAAAACAGGGCGGCAUAUAUUCCACGAAAUAUGGCAGUGUUUAGGAAAUGCUUCAGCAAAUUUUUUUUUAAAUAUCUUUAGUUAAGUAUAAAUCAGUAGUUUUGU